AUGAAGACCACCGCCUCCAUCACCCUCGGGGCUCUGCUCCUCCCUCUUCUCGCCUCCGCUGCCGCCAUCCCCGCCUCCACCCAAGCUGAGCCCGCCUACGUAUGGGCUUCCCGCGGCAGCAUCAAGGCCCGUGAGCCUGAGGCUGCCAACACUCAAGCCGAGCCCGCUUAUGUCUGGGCUUCCCGGGGGUCCAUCAAAGCCCGUGAGGCCGAAGCCGAGGCGGAGGCUGCCCAAGCUGAGCCUGCCUACGUCUGGGCCUCGCGCGGCAGCACCAAGCGUGAAGCUGCCCCCGCCGACAAGGCCGCUGAGCCUACCUAUGUCUGGGCUUCUCGCGGUUCCAUCAAGGCUCGCGAGGCCGAGGCCGCCAAUAGCCAGGCUGAGCCCGCUUACGUCUGGGCUUCCCGCGGCAGCACCAAGCGCAAAGCUGAACUCGCAGACAAGGCGGCUGAGCCUGCUUACGUCUGGGCCUCUCGUGGCUCUAUCAAGGCCCGCGAGCCCGAAGCUGCCAAAGCCGAGCCUGCCACUGCCGAGCCUGCGUACGUGUGGGCAUCCAGAGGCAGCAUGAAGGCCCGCGAGGCCGAAGCCGCCAACAGCCAGGCUGAGCCCGCCUACGUCUGGGCCUCCCGGGGAAGCACCAAGCGCGAAGCUGAACCCGAAGCUGCUCCCAUCGACAGCCCCAAGCCAGCAUUUGUUUGGGGUUCUCGCGCCUCGAGCAAGCGUGAAGCAGAGGCUAGUGCUGCCGAACCGGCCUAUGUUUGGGGGUCGAGGGGACCUUCUAACAAGCGCGAAGCUUCGCCAGAGGCUGCUCAAGCUGAGCCUGCGUAUGUUUGGGGAAGCCAGGGCACUAGAAAGUAG